CGGCUUUCUGCACCACCUUCCAUCCAGCACAAACUAGAUGAUUUUUUUUAUUUGAAUACUGUGUAACAAAGAUCCUUUUUGGGCGUUCUUCAAUAACCAGCCUCGUGUAGGCUAAUCACCGUGCGUAACUGGAGAGGAGCGUCGCGGAGCGGCUUUUCUACCUCCACAAAGUAUCUCUGUGUUAUAUGAACAGGUUUCAUGACUGGAACUGCUGGAGUCAUUAAACUGCAAUAAGCAUUUUCUGAAUGUUUAAAGUGCGUUCAGAUCCCUCAGCAUUCCUCGUGUAACGCUUUUCUUUAUUUGUCUUGGGCGACAGAAUCGAGGCAACCCAAAGUUCCGCAGGCGCAGUUCUCCUCCUCCUCGGCGGUGCGGGAGUCCGACUCGGCUGUUGCCGUGGUACUUGCCAGUAGACAGAUAGCAUCGGCGGUAGGAGGGGAUAUAGAGACUCCUGCAGGCUAAUUGUAGCAGCCUGCGAUCGCAGGUGUAUCACUGAUCCGCCUGUGAGGACUCGGGGGCUUCAACCUGAUCGAGCCGCGCUCAGACUUGUGAGUAACAGAAAAAAAACCUGAGAGAAUGUUGCACCAAGUACAAUGAGCGCAGCUUUGUCGCAGACACCAAAAUCCAUAUAUGCUCCGUCGAAUUCAGUUUUGAUGAGCAAUUCUGAGUCGUCUUUGGAAUUUUAAAAAGUGGAUCCCGCGACUUUACAACCAUGCGAAAUACUUGGCUGUCUCCCCGGAGUGCGAUUUGGGAAUACUGGACAUCGCUGAUUGCAUGUCUCUUUUGGAUUCAGUACUCUUACGGGAUGCCUCAUGUUAUUCGAAUAGGUGGGAUUUUCGAACAAACAGAUGGACCUGUUUCACUUGUUAGCGCAGAGGAGCUUGCCUUUAAAUUUGCUGUCAAUAACAUUAACAGAAACAGGACUUUGUUGCCAAACACAACAUUAACAUAUGACAUACAGAGGAUUAAUAUCUACGACAGUUUUGAGGCAUCAAGAAAAGCUUGUGACCAGCUGUCUUUAGGUGUGGUUGCAAUAUUUGGGCCCUCGCAUAGUUCAUCGUCAAAUGCUGUGCAGUCCAUCUGCAAUGCACUGGAAGUGCCACACAUCCAGGUUCGGUGGAAACAUCACCCCAUGGACAACAGGGACAGCUUUUAUGCCAAUCUAUACCCUGAUUAUUCUUCACUAAGCUACGCUAUCCUGGACCUGGUGCAGUUUCUCAAAUGGAAAACAGCCACUGUCGUUUAUGAUGACAGCACAGGUCUUAUAAGACUACAGGAGCUUAUAAUGGCCCCGUCUCGGUACAACAUCAGGCUAAAGAUCCGGCAACUUCCUCUUGACACGCAGGACACGAGACCCCUUCUCAAAGAAAUGAAGAGAAGCCGGGAGUUCCGCAUCAUAUUUGACUGCAGUCACCAAAUGGCUGCACAGAUUCUCAAACAGGCCCAGACCAUGGGGAUGAUGACUGAGUAUUACCACUAUAUCUUCACCACUCUGGACCUGAUGGCCAUUGACCUGGAGCCCUAUCGCUUCUGUGGUGUCAACAUGACUGGCUUCCGCAUCCUCAACGUAGAUAAUCCCCUGGUUGCAUCCAUUGUGGAGAAAUGGUCAAUGGAAAGGCAGAUACCACCUAAACCUGAUUCAGGCCUGCUGGAGGGCAUCAUGACGACAGAUGCAGCUCUGACCUAUGAUGCAGUCCACAUUGUGUCCGUCUCAUACCAGCACGCUCCACAGAUGACGGUAAACUCGCUGCAGUGCCACCGCCACAAACCGUGGAGAUUUGGAGGACGCUUCAUGAGUUUCAUCAAAGAGUCCCACUGGGAUGGUUUGACGGGGAGACUGUCAUUCAACAAGACAACUGGUCUACGUACAGACUUCGACCUGGACAUCAUCAGUCUAAAGGAGGACGGACUUGAAAAGGUUGGGAAGUGGAGUGCGUCGGGAGGUCUUAACAUCACAGAAGUGCCGAAGCGAAAAGGGAUGAACAUCACUGAUUCCUUGGCUAACCGCUCCCUCAUCAUCAGUACCAUCCUGGAGGAGCCAUAUGUCAUGCUUAAGAAGUCUGACAAGGCGCUGGUUGGAAACGACCGCUUCGAAGGAUUCUGCAUCGACUUGCUCAAAGAGCUGGCCAACAUCCUGGGGUUCACGUAUGAGAUCCGUCUGGUGCCUGAUGGGAAAUAUGGCUCUCAGGACGAGAAGGGCCAGUGGAACGGCAUUAUCAGGGAACUUAUAGAACAUAGAGCAGACUUGGCAGUUGCUCCUCUCACCAUCACCUACAUGCGUGAAAAGGUCAUCGACUUCUCCAAGCCCUUCAUGAGUAUGGGUAUCAGCAUCCUCUAUCGGAAACCCAAUACCACCAAUAACGGCUUCUUCUCCUUCUUGAACCCCAUGACUCCUGACAUCUGGGUCUACAUCCUCUUGGCCUACCUGGGUGUUAGCUGUGUCCUGUUUGUCAUUGCCAGGUUCAGCCCAUAUGAAUGGUAUGACGCCCAUCCUUGUAACCCUGGAUCAGAUGUGGUGGAAAACAACUUCACUCUCCUCAACAGCUUCUGGUUUGGAGUCGGUUCCUUAAUGCAACAAGGCUCAGAACUGAUGCCCAAAGCCCUGUCAACCAGGAUCAUCGGUGGGAUCUGGUGGUUCUUCACACUGAUCAUUAUAUCAUCCUAUACAGCUAAUUUAGCAGCUUUUCUCACUGUGGAGAGAAUGGACUCGCCUGUGGACUCAGCCGAUGACAUCGCUAAGCAGACCAAGAUUGAGUAUGGUGUGGUCAAAGAUGGCGCAACCAUGUCUUUCUUCAAGAAAUCUAAGGUUUCUACUUUUGAGAAGAUGUGGGCCUUUAUGAGCAGUAAGCCAAGCACAUCACUGGUGAAGUCUAUUGAGGAUGGGAUUCAGAGGGUGCUGAAGUCUGACUAUGCCCUCAUUAUGGAGUCCACAACUAUCGAUUACAUCACUAGGAGCAACUGUAACCUGACGCAGGUGGGAGGGAUCAUCGACAGCAAAGGCUAUGGCAUUGGCACUCCCCUCGGCUCCCCAUACAGGGACAAAAUCACCAUAGCAAUCCUAAGCAUCUUGGAGGAUGGGCGCCUACACAUGCUGAAGGAGAAGUGGUGGAGUGGGAGCAGCUGUUUGGAUGAAGAACGUCGCGAGACAGGCCCCAUGGGUAUCCAGAACCUGGGUGGUAUAUUCAUUGUGCUGGCAUCUGGCCUAGUGCUGUCUGUUUUUGUGGCAAUUGCUGAAUUCAUCUACAAGCUGAGGAAGACUGCAGAACGUGAGCAGAGGUCUUUGUGCAGUGCCAUGGUGGACGAGAUCAGACUGUCGUUCACCUGCGAGAGGCGGGUGAAACACAAGCCUCAGCCUCCAGUCAUGGUGAAGACAGAUGCAGUGAUCAACAUGCACGCUUACAACGACCGACGACUCCCAGGAAAGGACAACAUGAGCUGCAGCACUGGGAUGACUCCCGUGUUCCCGUGACAAUGUGUUCCCCCCAGGCCAAAAACCUCCUGAGCAACGUGUCAGGGGUCGUGCCAGAGACUAGAGACAAUGGCAUUGACGGGAUCACCAGAUUCACCGUUAACCACAGUGACAUGGGGACACUAACAAAACAUGGGCAA